AUGAUCUUUGCAGCUCGUGCUCAGCCGGCUCUCGCUAUCGGCCAGUUGAUUGAGAAGAUUGAUGACGUUAAUGUGACUGGUAUGCGGCAUUAUGAGGUGGUUCGCAUACUCAGAAAUAUGCCAAUUGGAAAAACAUUCACCUUGCGUGUGGUUUCUCCCAAGCAGUCAGGCUUCCAAAAGAUUGCGCCACGUUCACUUAUGACGCAUAAGCAGUCCAUUAACGAAGGAAUGGGCACCCUUCGAUUUAAGGCUAACGGUGGUGUGGUUAUACAAGAGGGUUCUGUCGACAAAAAGAUGAUCGGCCGCUUGAACGAUAUACUCGACUCAUAUCUUGGGGUGCAAGACGAUCAGUUGGCUCAGUCCCUAUGGGAUAUGGCUAUGACAUGUAAAACACUUCCUCAGAUGAACAAAGCUGUUCGAGAGUCGGAGUUAUCGGUCUUCGAUUUCCCUGAAGAGCUGGUGUUCGAUAUGUGGGGAGUGGUCGGCGACUGGCGACGCAGCAAAGAAAAGAAACCGAAGAAAUCUUUAGAUGAUGUCAACCUUCUGGAAGAUGACGAAGAGCCACUACUAGCACCACUUUUCCGAUGA